AUGUUUGAUGAGUCGCUUGGGCUGACCGUUCUCGCUGAACACGACUGCGAUGAAUAUGAGGAUGGCCAGAAGCAAUUUCUCGCUCAGUUUGUGGCUGCCAAACCUCGUUGCGGUGGCCUCCCGAACACCAAAGCGAACUUUGAUUGUGGAAAGAGUCGGGUAACAACCCCGCUUCUUGCAAGACAAUCACGGAUCCUGGAAGGGACAAAACCAAAGCAACCUUUCAGCUCGACAGAUGACAUUUCAGGCAAAGCCACAAGGUCAAAGUCAAAGCUGCUCGCUGCUAGGGCAGAAGAUCGGAUGUUGCAGGCUUGUUUGUCAACGCUGGAUCAUGCUUAA